AUAUUCCUUAUUGUGGCACCCUAAGUAAAUCGAAUUCAGCUAUCUUUGCCUGAAAAUUAUGUAUACAAACGUAAACUGAAAGAAACAAUAUUAAUAUAUAAUGUUAAGUAAAACCAUACUGCUACUACAAUUGUCAAAUAGGUCCGCACACUUUGUUUAAUUCAAAAGCGCAUGAUAAGCCGUGUUUUUUUUUUUACAAAUGUCAAUAUAUGUUUGUCUAUAUACGUGUAUGGAAUGUAUUUAAAAAAAUCGAAAUGUGACUGAAUUGGGUAAGAUAUCCAAGCUGGAAUGACAUUCAUCGGGAAUGCGAACACAAAACUGGAAUAAUUACACUUUUUUGCAUUUGGGACCACUUAUGAUGGAUACAUAAAAUGUUUGAUUUCUUUUUAGUGCACUUAGUAGAAACUACAUAUAUGGAGUCUGGAUCUAACUUCAUAACCAGCAUAGUUUAAGACGUGAGCAACCAGCUGAACAAUUUUUUGUAAUUGUUGAAGCUGAAUGAGAAUGACUAGCUGCCUCGAAAAGGGCUUUCAGUAAAAGACGGCAGAACAAAAACGGAUAAAGUUAAAAAACCUGGCUACUGAAACUUGUUAACCAAGACGUCAAUAAUGUAGCUAUAAUGCAAUCUACAGUACGGCAUUAUAAUGCAAAUAUUUUAAGUGAGACAUUAGUUCAAGGUCUGAAAUAGAAAAAGGGCACCUGCAGUAAAGAUAGGCAAAUCAAAUCAAUUGCCAAUCCGGAUUUGGGUUAUUACAUCUGUGAAUAGAAAUCGGACAAAUAAUCUCCCAUGACUUUAACAAAGUGUUUGUGUUAGUAAAAAAAUCGUUCUUAAAAAAAACUAUUCACAAGAAUAUUUCUGCGCGAAGUGUACGACAAUGCCAACGUACAGGGUAUAGAUUUGUUUUACUUGUUUCGUACAAUGAGAGAGACAGCAUCUUUGUAUGCAUAAGGGGAAGUCCAAAAAAAUGAAUAGAUUGGCAAACAACAAGCAGUGUGAAACUGAAACUAUGUAUUCCAUCACCCAGUCAGUUAGACAGCAAAAGUUGUUACAUAACUGUAUUCUAACUUCAGUGGAACGGACCGAAGCCCUCUAAUAAUCAAAACACAAAUAGGCUGAAAAAUAGCGGAAAAUCUAAUACAAUUCGUUAAAAUACAAAAAUACUCGCCACUAUGGUUGGUACACAACAAAAAAGUAAUCAUAUUAAAUUAUCUGGAACGAAUGUAAUACGUGAUGCCAACACUUUUCCUGGGAAAAACGACAUAAAAGCAGUGCCCGUUGUAGCAAAAAUCGGGAAAGCAUCUUCACCUGCUAUAUCAAUAUCUAUACCUCAGCCCAAAAUCAAGAUGAUCAAUCAAAAUCCGACCCAGGCUGGCAUCACUCAUACCAAUUCACAUAAUUUAAGCCAUCACUCUUGUCAAGGAAAUAUGGUGCAAUAUUUUAGUAGUAGCUAUGGAUCACCGGGAAGAUUUCUUGAUAAUAAAAAAGAAUUGCAACCCACAGAAAAGAUCGCCAACUAUGCUGGAGAUGACAAAAAUGUUCAACGUGGUUUAACCACAGAUGGAUGCGAUAUUUCAGAACCCAUUCAAGCAAUCUCGCUUCCUAAUGUUACAACAGUCUCGUCAAAACCCGAUUUUAUGUCCGGUCUAAUUUCGAAAGAUUUUCCUUCUGGCAGGGGUACUAUUACACCCAAUUAUAAAUUAGAAUCGGAAUCCGAAAACCUCGAUUUAUUGAAAGAAACGUCUCAACCGAUCAUAGAAAACGACGCCUUCACAUUUCAUGAGCAGAUCAUCAUGUCUGGCCAACAAAAGAGUGCAUUACAGGAAAAACCAAAAGUACUCGUUGUUUCUCCGCAACAAGUAAUGAUAUUGUACUUGCAUAAGUUAACGCCCUAUGAGCGCACUGAAAUACUCGCGUAUCCUCAAAUUUAUUUUAUUGGAGCUAAUGCGAAAAAACGCCCAGGAGUGUACGGGCCAAACAAUUCUGACUAUGAUAAUGAACAAGGAGCUUAUAUUCAUAUACCGCACGAUCACGUAGCGUAUCGAUACGAAAUGCUCAAGAUAAUAGGAAAGGGCAGCUUCGGUCAGGUGAUAAAGGCCUAUGAUCAUAAGACUCACGAGCAUGUUGCCUUAAAAAUAGUUCGCAAUGAGAAGCGGUUUCAUAGGCAGGCACAAGAGGAAAUUCGAAUUCUGCAUCAUUUACGUCGUCACGAUAAAUACAAUACUAUGAACAUCAUACACAUGUUUGACUACUUUACAUUUCGAAAUCACACUUGCAUCACAUUCGAGCUGCUCAGCAUUAACCUCUAUGAAUUGAUUAAGAAAAACGGAUUUAAGGGCUUCAGCCUACAGCUUGUGCGAAAAUUUGCACAUUCGCUACUCCAAUGCUUGGAUGCACUAUACAAAAAUGAGAUUAUACAUUGUGAUAUGAAACCAGAAAAUGUGCUUUUAAAACAACAAGGUCGUUCUGGUAUUAAGGUUAUUGACUUUGGUUCGUCAUGCUUCGAAAAUCAACGUAUAUACACUUAUAUACAAUCACGAUUUUACCGUGCUCCCGAGGUUAUUUUGGGAGCAAAAUAUGGCAGAGCUAUUGACAUGUGGUCCUUGGGUUGCAUUUUGGCAGAACUAUUAUCGGGCCAUGCACUGUUUCCUGGUGAAAACGAAAGCGACCAGCUUGCCUGUAUUAUUGAAGUUCUCGGCAUGCCCAAUAAAACUUUACUGGCCACCUCAAAGCGAUCCAAAACGUUCUUUAGCCCAAAAGGUUAUCCACGUUAUUGUACUGUGCGCACCAUGUCUGAUGGAAUGGUUGUCUUAAUUGGUGGCCAGUCGCGUCGAGGAAAGCCUCGGGGGCCCCCAUGUUCAAAAAGCCUCUCUAAAGCAAUGGAUGGAUGCAAGGAUCCGCUCUUUCUUAACUUUAUUCGUGGUUGCUUGGAAUGGGAUGCAGAUAAAAGAUUAACUCCAGCGGAGGCUCUCAAGCAUCCGUGGCUACGCCGUCGCCUUCCAAGACCGCCAAGUAGCACAAGCGGUUGUGGUGGAUUAAACGGAUCUAACGUCAGUGGUGAUCAAUCACCUGUAACAGCUAUAUUUUCAGGGAUCAUUAUAACUUCUGCAAAUGAAACGACUGUGUCUUCAACCUCUGCUACAUCUGCCUCAUUAACAAUGGAAAGAGAGAACAGCAAUUGCAGUGGUCGAGUUAACCAUGGCGGAAUUUCUGAAGAAGAAUUUAAACGUACAAUAAGUCUCAACAGCUCAGACGGAUCGUUACCAACGACAACUGCACCUAUAUCAACAGCCGACCUCUUGGCUGAUAGUUUUAAAAAUACAAAUGUUAUAUCGCCACAUUUGUCGUCGUCAACGCACUCAGCGGAUUCCGGUGGCCUCAGUACAGUCGCUCGCACUGUCUUUACAUCCAGAUAUCCUCCUUCAUCAUUAUCGUACUUACCGCAUAUAAAUAAUAAUGGAACUGAACGUUUAUCUAUCUUUUCUGCCUCGCUCAACAGCUCGGCCAACUCAUUAACGCAAUUGGAACCAAUCACAAACGUAGAUGUUUUCGCCGUAUAUUCAGCUUCAACCACACCAAAUUUAACAGCGUCCGAUAUAAGUUGCGGUUGCGUUUCAGAUUCGGUUGCGGAAGAUAUGGACAUGACAGCAUCGGCCUCUUUUGUUAAUCUCAGUAGCACCUGCGCAACGGAUAAGUCCAUCGGUCCCCAUGAAAACACAAAUUUUUCACAGCACUCUAAUAAGUUUAAAGUAUCUUCCAAAGAAGUGUAGCAAAUUGGUUGACGAUAUAAAGCUUUUUGCCAUCUAAAAGAUUGAAAGCAGUGCUACUUGUUGUUAUCUGAUUUAUUAACAACACUGCCAUAGAAGACAUAAGCUGAAGGAGUCUGAAGAGUUGGCCUUGAUUUGCAUUGUACUUGCUUCAAAUUAUACAUAUAAAUGCGGCAUAGAUCUCAAGCAGCUCGAAAUUAUGCCUUUGAAUAAAAAGCAAAACUUUGCCAUUAUUUCUUUUAAACUCCCUCAACAUUUAUAUUAGUGUCGAAAAUAUACAAACCAAUUUGAAAUGUAUAGCAGGAGCUUUAGGGCAAGAGUGGCAGUUUUCUUUGUUAACUAUUGUUUGUACUAAGAUAUCAUCUAUGAUCACUUUUAUACCUUUUUCAGAGGUUAAUAAAUAGAGAGAGCAUUUCCGA